GCGUUGUCCCUUUACAGAAGAAGAGCAUUUUCUCCAAGGUCGAAAGAUCAUUGGCACCCUAUCUCCUCGCUCGGGGAUAUUCUGCCCCAGAGCCUUCAAGCCCCUUUGAAUGAGAGAAGACACGGAAAGCCGGCCGCCAGAGGUACGAAACCGAUGGUAUGAGUACCCUUUCCAGCCAGGGAACUGCAAGCAGCGAGCUACCUGCGGACCGGGCGAGUCGAGGACACACUUGCCCACAAAAUUUGACUUACGCUCUCACAUCACAAUACACAACCUAUCUUCUUCUGUUAAAGAUCAACAUGGGUGGUAAAGUUUGGUCAGAGGAAGAAGAGGACGUUUUCUGGAACCGCUUGAUGCCCCAGUCGCCCAAGCGCUUGGGAGCUGACCGUGAGCGGUUUGAGGAGAAGUCCUGGCAGUGGGUCGCCCAGCAGAUGACCGAGAUCAUGGGCGACAAGGCGCGCCGCGAGUACACUCAUCUCGGUGUUUUUGAACACUAUUUCCAGAAUGCUGGUCUGGGCCGCUUCUCUCCCCAUGCCGGCAAGUUGCCUCUGAAGUACUUCAAAGCUGAGCACGCUCAGAAGAAGGAGAAAGAGGACGCCCAGAAGGAGAAAGAGAAGAAGGAGAAGCAGAAGGCUACCAAGGAUGGCGGCAUCCGCAAGUGUAAGGUUCCCAUGACACGACGGCAAGAUCCCUCCGUGAGCUGGAACGCGUCAAUCCCCAACGCCCAGCACCCGACUGCCUGGAUUCCCCUCAAUUCCUCGAUUUCCUGGUCGUACCAUGGGCAGUGCCCGGCUUCCUCCCCGACGACUCUCGCGACAAGCGCCGCUCCCGCCCUGUCGAGCCCUCCUCCCCGAGACUUGAUGCCCCCUCAAUACUACAUCGACCGUUUUCUCGCUAACCACGAUCGGGACGGAGAAGAGAGCCUCUUUGUGGCACAGGACGACGUGCCCUGCUCUUCCUCGCAUUCACAAGCGAUAGGGCCGGCAUGGAGUAUGGAUUCGUGAGGGACACAAUGGGCAGCUGGAGAAGUGUCUGAACCGUCA